AUGCCUCCAACAGGUAACAAGAUCCCCACUAACUCCAGAUCACCAAACCAUCUAAGCCGCUCCUACAAGGAAGCUAGCACCAGCCGGUGGCAACUACAAGCCCUCUUCCAGUCAUUCUUGGAGGACAGACCGGCCGAUACCAUGCUUGCCGUUCAACAACGACGCCUUCUUGUUUCCUGGGACCUCAAAGCCAUCCAUUACUUGAGGAUAUGCUUGAGGGCGUGGAUUCUGGACAAGGUCCCAGGCGACGCGAUCGGUGCAUUCCUGGUGACUGUCUUGUACGAACAGGACUUUCACUUGGAUUACCGGCUGACGAUGAUGGUGAGAGAUGGACAAACCCCGCUGCACAUCGCUCGUCGUUUGUUAGCAUUCUAUCAAAUCCGAGACGAAGCAGGCGCUCCCAUCUGGGAUAAUGUGACGGUCUACGCCGAAGACACUCACCCGAAACCACCGGCUGUUCAGCGCAAGAGUGGUGCUGGAAGCUCCCCUGCCAGGAAGGAGCUUCCACCUCGUAUCCCUACACCACCGCCUGCUGACCCGAGAUGGCCCCUCUUCAUGGGUGCGCUUAGCGACCCGGAGAUUGAAGACCUCAUGGACAAGCUAUCAGACGACGAUCACUAUGCAGAGGGAGAUCUGCCCCCGUUGUUCACCGGUGUGCGUGAGGAAGAUAUUCCCAUCAUCCAGGCGUUCCGAAAAUUCAAUCUCCACAAGAAUGAUUCCUCCAAGGACCUUCCUGCGUCUGAGUCUGGGACUGAUCGGAUUGAAUAUGCCUCGAAGCAGACUAACAUAUCACAGGAUAAGCCCCUGCCCCCCCUUGCCAUGAAGAAGCCUCUCCCAAUCUUACCCACUGACAAGGCUCUUCCCGCCUAUAAAUCCCUCCUCCCACUCCCACCUCUUUCGCGCCCGUCAAGCCCAAAUCCCUCAUCUGUGCGUGUGUCGACUUUCAAAGCAGAAAAGAAACUUAAAGUCAGAUGGGCUGACUGUGUACCGAGCGAAAAUGCUAAUAUUGAACAGGAGAAGGGUAAGACUGACCUACGUUCGUCCCCAGCCGCAUGCCCGGAGCUUCCUGUUGACGUCAACGUCAACCAGCCGCAUCCUCCCACAGAUAUUAUUUACGCUUAUGUUCGGAGUCCUUGGCAUUAUAAUGUUCCUCCGCCCCCUCCUCCGCUUAAAAAGAAGGCGGCAGUGGAUGACUUGCGCAAGGCUCGAGAGCGUGGUGGUUGA